CGCAGCAUGGCCCUGGGGGCGGUCAGAGGAAGCACGUUAGCGUUUACACGCCGCAUGCCAACCAGCUCAGCAACAUCGUCGCAGCAGCACGUAAUCCAAGCUGCACCCUCCCCGCCGUCUUAAAUCCGUCAUCCCGGCUCACCUUGCCGAUCAGGAUCGUGUGAGCCCCGUGGAGCCGCGCACCGAGCCUGGUACUCCCGCGGGGCCCUCGACAGUAACAUGGUCUACGGAGCGCAGCGGCGCCGCUAGCCACUCCGGGAGGAUCGUCCGCGCGGCUGCAGCCUCUCACUCGCACGCGCGCCUGCACGCCGACAGGGAGCCGCAUUUAGUUGCACAAGCCUUCUUUGCCGGUUUCACCAGGGGCUCGUGUAGAGAUUCACUGCCAUGGGAAAACAAAACAGCAAGCUCCGGCCCGAGAUGCUGCAGGACCUGAGGGAGAACACGGAGUUCUCAGACCAUGAGCUACAGGAGUGGUACAAGGGCUUCCUGAAAGACUGCCCCAGCGGCCACCUCAACGUCGAGGAGUUCAAGAAGAUCUACGCAAACUUCUUCCCCUACGGCGAUGCCUCCAAGUUCGCCGAACACGUCUUCCGUACCUUCGACACCAACAACGACGGCACCAUCGACUUCCGGGAGUUCAUCAUUGCUCUGAGUGUUACCUCACGUGGGAAGCUGGAGCAGAAACUCAAGUGGGCCUUCAGCAUGUACGACCUGGACGGCAACGGCUACAUUAGCAGGGAGGAGAUGCUGGAAAUUGUGCAGGCCAUAUACAAGAUGGUGUCGUCUGUGAUGAAGAUGCCAGAGGACGAGUCCACUCCUGAAAAGAGGACAGACAAAAUCUUCAGGCAGAUGGACCUCAACAAUGAUGGUAAGCUGUCCCUGGAAGAGUUCAUCAAAGGUGCCAAAAGCGACCCCUCCAUCGUGAGGCUACUGCAGUGUGACCCCAGCAGCGCGUCACAGUUCUGAGUGUCCCCCUGUCAGAGGGAAACAAACACAAAAUGCAUGAAGGUUCCUGUCAUAUUUUUCUUGUGUACGAGAAGAAAGAGUCAAAUGAAAAACAAAAGCAUUAUCAUUUUAAUUUUUCAAAAAUAAGAGGAACGUAAUAAGAAGAAAACGUUUGAAGCAUCACCUGUCGGCUGUCAGUCAUCUGCUAAGCUCCGGAAGAGAGGGACGGAUGGGUGGAUGGUGAAAUCAAAAGUUGUAGGACUGGACAGUGAAGAGGGCAGCGUUUGGCAUGAUCUGUAUUUCUGGGUGACGAUUUCGCUCUGUUAUCCUCGUAUGGACCUGCUUUGUUUUUGCUCGUUUUCCUUAACGCACAGAUUUCAAUCCACUUUUAUAUCCAUAUUCACCUGUAUAUGAAAUGCGAAUGCAUCCAAAAGCGUGGUAUUAUAUGUUUUUAUGUAUGCAGUCACCAUGAAGGCAGCAUUCAUUUAGAUUUGCUCCUCUGAACCCAAGGCAGGUGUACGUCAGCUAAGCAGUUCCUGGAGUUUUCGCGACUGGAGUUUAUGAUUUUCUCACAAAGGAAGGAAAACAGGCUGAAGACACAGUUGUUGUUUUUUUUUUCAUUUUUUUGGUCAUUGUUUUGUAUAAUUUUAUUUUCGUAGUGUAUUUAUUUUUGUGCUUUUUUUUUUCAGAGGAUGAUAAUCAUACCGCAGCCAUUGGGAUAAGCGAGACUUAAAGACUCAUUUGCCCGCAUUCAUCCAGUUACCAUUCUGGGCUGUAAUUCUACCAUUUUACCAUUCUACCAAGCUUUGCACUGAAUUGUGGGAAGGAUUUGCUGCAGGGGACUUUAUUUUUCCUGUGAACCGUACAUGUAGGAUUAGCGAAAGCAGUAGCUUAGCUGAGGGCACAGUGCUUGUGCGCAGUGUGUGUGUGUACGCGUGUGCGCGUGGGGAAAGCUGAACACCGCAAGAUUUUUGUUAUGACUUUUAGCAGUGACAUCAGUGUGUUUUACCAGGCACUGCAUUGUGUACCAAAAAAAAAAAAAAAAAUAGAAAUAUUAUGUUUGUUCAUGAAUACAUAGCACCCGCUGAUAUUAGAGCUCAACAAGGAAGAGAAUGUAUUAAAUAUCCUGUUUACACAUGCACCCCUUCUAAUGGGUUUAGAUUUUUUUUCCCCUCAUCGUAUAGGAGAAAACAUUUAAUUCAACAACAGGGGGGAGGAAGCAGAUUCUUUGUCCUACACAGCACUCGGCCGACUGAGAGCAGAUCUGCUGUUAGCUUGUUAGCACUUUAGCGUGUUAGCGUGUUAGCAUGUUAGCGUGUUAGUGCAGAUGGUCCCAUUUUACAAUGAGCCGCUCACUGGGAACAUUGCUGGCGCAGCACACUCCUGCUGCUGCGGGGAGCCUGCGAGGGCCCACUUACAGGUAGCAAUCGCUGCAGAGGCACUGCAUCUCCGAGGAGCUCCAACGCUAGCUUGUCAAGCUAACCUUCCAUUACACACAUGUUCCUUUUGUUCUCUUGUUGCAUGAUAAUCAUGAGUUCUGUUCCCCCCCCCCCUUACCCCUCCCCCUUCCCUACCUCUUUUGAUGUAAAAUAUACUUCAGUUACACAUUU